AAAAAAAGUACGCCUAUGUUGAUACUUGAAAGACUUUGAGAAGUUGGAUAAGUCACACAGUUGAAGAAAAGGAAGUCCAAUUUGCAAGAGGAACUUUAUCCUGUAUCAUCAAUGGCGGCUAUAUCAUCAUCUUCAGCCAUUUCUUGGUGCUGCAAACCACAGCACAAGGCGGCAACACCAUGGUUGAACUCAUUGACAAUUUCAACACCUCUAAAACCCUUUACUCUAACUCUAAAACCCUCUAAAUUGAAGAAAUGUAGGAGUUCUUUGGUCACCCACAGUAAAACUCAAGCUAGAGCACCGGACCUCGAUACUGUCAAUAUAGCGGAAGAUGUCACUCAGUUGAUUGGAUGCACACCAAUGAUAUAUCUCAAUAGAGUGACUGAAGGCUGUUUAGCAAACGUUGCUGCAAAACUUGAAUCCAUGGAACCUUGCCGAAGUGUAAAGGACAGAAUUGGGUGUGCUAUGAUAUCAGAGGCUGAACAAAGUGGAGCCAUAUCUCCUGGAAAGUCCAUAUUGGUGGAGCCUACAAGUGGAAAUACAGGAAUUGGAAUUGCUUUUGCAGCAGCAACAAAGGGGUAUAAAUUAAUUGUCACAAUGCCCGCAUAUAUAAAUAUUGAAAGACGGAUUCUUUUACGUGCAUUUGGAGCUGAAGUUAUUCUAACAGAUCCUGUAAAAGGCAUGAAAGGUGCUGUUGAGAAGGCUGAGGAACUUGUUUUAAACACUCCAAAUGCUUACAUGUUACAGCAGUUCAAUAAUGUUGCCAAUACCAAGGUCCAUUUUGAAACUACAGGUCCAGAAAUAUGGGAAGAUACUUUGGGUAGUGUUGACAUCUUUGUCGCUGGAAUGGGCACCGGUGGAACUGUCACUGGCACUGGACGUUAUUUGAAAAUGGUGAACAAAGACAUUAAGGUUAUCGGUGUAGAACCUGCUGAAAGAGGUGUGAUAUCUGGAGAAAACCCAGGAUAUGUUCCUAGUAUAUUGGAUAUUCCAUUACUUGAUGAAGUUUUGAAGGUUUCUAAUGGUGAAGCAGUUGAAAUGGCAAGGAGGUUGGCUUUGGAGGAAGGUUUACUGGUUGGAAUAUCUUCAGGAGCGGCAGCAGCUGCUGCAGUAAAAAUAGCGAAAAGGCCUGAAAAUGCUGGAAAACUAAUUGUUGUCAUAUUCCCAAGUUUCGGAGAGAGGUAUAUUUCCACAGUUCUCUUCCAAUCCUUAUACAAAGAUGCACAAAAUAUGACGGAAGAAUAGUGUCCUGGCAAUAAUAUGCUUUUGAAACACAUGCAAAAAUGAGCAGAAGAUUGUGUAGUCUCCAUCACCAUUGAGAAUAAGUCGGGGCUGAAAUUCUUUAACGAGUUUAUGAGGCUGGACACCCUAAUGUUCAACAGUUCGAACAAUCGUGGGUAUCAUAUUCCCAAGUUCUUCUCCAAUAUUUUGGAUAUCAGAUAUGGUAGUCAGAUGCAUUCUUUCCGGCAGUAGUUAGCAACUGGAUGACUGGAUCCAUGAGUGUAGAUUUUGAAAGUUGUGUGGGUGGCAAAGCCAAUUUUGCUUGGGAGCAAAAACCUGACUUCUGUGGGUGAUGGAGCAGAUGAAAGUUUAGUUUUGAUCACAUUAUAUUGUAUAAAUUUGCUUCAGUGCUAAGGCCUUGAAAUAUAAUUUGACAGCUGAAUUGAAAUUGAAGGCUAAAAGGCUAAUUAACUUCCUAACUAACAUCCCAGAUUCUAGAAAUCUUAGUAACAGAAUAUAUGAAUUUGUUACAUUCCUUUCCCUUGAAGAAUCAAGUAAGGAAUUACAAUUUAAACUGAUUUAUGGAAUUUCAAAGUUAGCGUC